CCCACACCACUCCACCACUGGCCGAACGCUGACCAAAGCGCCGCCUUCACUUGCCAUGUUCGGACUUGGACCCGGCACUACAGGGCUGACACCCGGAAUUUCAUAAACCUCAUCCUCAUUACUCUCCGAAAAUGACUUUCGACGGUUCAUGUUUUCAUGGACCUCUAUGAUUGUCAGCAGCCGCUAUGGACCACCGGACUGUCAUUGCUCCAGACAGUGAACAGUCAUCGUCUUCCCUUCGUCUCUCAUGCAGCCAACUAACUCGAUCCCGAAAAGGCUCGCCUCAGACGUACCUCCGUCCUUGGUCUCGGUAAAUCAAUCCAAUCCCAGACAACGCAAUCGCAUCCACAACCAAGCCAUCAAAAGAGCCAAGGCGAAUAUUGGGAAACGACGUGACCAUAUCUUUUCGACAUCUUCUGGCGAGGAUACUGAUCCCAAGCGCGUUAUCGAUCCGCUACUGGGGUUGACCAGGGCCGGCAUCGACCCCAAUCUCACGGUUACGGCUAUUGCGCCGUCACCGAGAUUGACUGUAACAUCCGGUGGGCUGCGUGGUGAUCCGUUCUGUGCUUUCCCAAUAUCAGCGGAUGGGGGAGUCCUUUCCGCUGUUGACUAUUUCCUCCAGCACUACGCACCGGUCCACAUCAACCCCAGAAAGGAGCAGUUAGGUCCAGCGGAUAGCCUGCUGCUGUCACGAAGGUACUUUGGCCUCGCGUUGGAAAAUGCAUCCAUGUUUGAACUCAUGGUGGCGCUUGCCCAAGCUUCGUACGACGCCCGGCGAGGAAACACUCGGGAACCGACGAGGGAAGUUUUGGUUCACUAUGGGAAAGGCGUCGAAGCGCUGCGUCUGAAAAUGGCGCGGAGCUCAGCCUGUGAUGACGAUGCCACGAUUCUGGCGGUCAUGGCGCUGCUGGGAAUUGCCUUGAUUUACAAUGACUUUGUGUCGUUUGAGACGCACUUGAUCGGCUUACGCCACCUUGUUGAAAUGCGAGGAGGGGUUGAUUAUCUGGGCUGGGACGGCUUCUUGAAGAAUUCAAUCACUGGCCUCGAGUCUCUCUGGGCGUACCACGAAAACAAAAAGUUGAGAAUUUCUACAACCGAAGCCAGUAUCAAGCUCCAAUAUCCAAGGCAUCCAUUUCCUCCCGAUCUCUGCACCUUGAUUGCCAAGCUUCCCGAUGGAUUUCGAGAAGUUGCCUUGUCCGGUAGCCUCUGCGUCCAGAUCAUCACGAUGUUAUCAUAUGUGUCGGAAUGGGUCAAGCAACUGCAGGGCCCCCGGAAGAAGGGCGUUCUACCACUGGGGGAUCCAAACGGCACAUAUAUGAAGCAGACGCAGACGUGUCUCGAACUGGUGCCUCUUCGCGGGCUGAACACGCUCGAGAGGGUUCUUUGUUCGGCGACCGCGGCCGUCACGACAGAGACAUUCAGGAAAUCAAAGCAACAGAAUCCGGUCCAUCGGCGGCUGGUCGAAUCACUCUCAGAAAUGCUUGCUCGAUAUAACCUCCGCGACUUGCCGCCCGAAUGUACCAUAUGGAUGGCACUGGUCAUAGCGGGCCCUCCACAUCCAGCCACUGAAGGAGCCACCAGCAAGGCGACAUCGGCGAACAACAACCAACCACAUAGUCCACGAAACAUACUCCUGGAUAGGAUACUCGAGGAUUCAUCCAGUGCUAGAAAUUGGAAGUGGGUCAAGAAGUCAAUCACGAAGUUCUUCUGGAGCGAGGACUUAGUCGAAACAUGGCGACAGACGUGGGAAUUAGGGGUAUUGCGAUAUACCGAGAAGCUCAAAGAAAGACAAAAAUAAGAGGCGCACUGAACAGUACUUUCCAUAGAGGUAGGUAUGUGAAGGUUGGAAUUAGGACCCAGACCCUAUCAAUACUUGAUUUUAACGGACGAAAACUAUGGCCAAUCAAUGAUAAAGGUCAACUAUUGCGGGAAACGACUCAUGGCCCUACGAGCAGUCGAG